GACUCCGUCUGCCUGCUCGUCCGUCGCGGCUCCCUCCUUCGUCUGGGCCUGCUCCUGCUGGCUGCUGCUCUGCUCCACCACCACCACACCAGUCACCAGUGUGUGUCGGCACUUGCCCCAGGACGGUCGCCGAGGCUGCAGCGCUCCCCGUCCACGUCGUCGAGGCCCUGGUCGAGGACCCCUGCACCGCCAUGCAGUGGCAGGACGCGCCGGCACCGCCCUUCACAGAGCAACAGGUCGCCAAGGGACCCGGCCCUAUGACGAGCGACACGUUCGACGCCUUCGACGCAGCCAUGAACGUCUCCAUGAACGAGACGGCGGCGCUCAUGUCGCUGGUGCCCUUGGACAGGAGCCAGCUGUACGAUCUGGCUGAGAUGCUGCUGUCCGAGAUGAUCCCCGGCUGGGACGAGGACGUCGACGACGAGGACGACGAGGACGUCGAGAACGACGAGGACGACGACGAGGACUGGGAGGAGAGCCUGCCCCGCGGCGUGGACCCGGUCAUGGACGCCAGCUACCGCGCCUGCAUCCUGGAGGCCGAGCGCUACCUGGUGCAGUGCGAGGGCCUGGACGCCGAGGGCACCGUCAUCGCCGACCUCAAGGAGUACCUCCACGAGGCCAGGAUCCACGCCGCCGCGCCGCCCAGCCAGCAGCGCCAGCGGCCACCGGGACACCCUUAGAGCCCUGCACCUGGAACAGUGUCCCCUGGGGCUGUUAUAAUCAAUUGUUUUGAGGUUUCGAGUGGCAUCUAGUCAGUAGCGUAAGGAUCAAGAGCGAGGAAGUGCAAAAUCUCGAACCAGAAAAAAAAAUCUCCAAUUUAUUUGUGAUAAUAGCCUUAAGUUUAAUAUUAUUUUAGCGACGACGACGGUGUACUGUGUACAAAAGACUAACUUGAAUAAUAAAUCAAAAAUAUUCUUUCAAA